CUUACCCGUACCGGUAGGUGUUUUCUUAGGAAGGGCCUCAUCAUCUUCGUUAAGUAGAGCAACUUCUUGAGAGAUGGUGAGCUGAAAUCCAUAGCUCGAGGAGAUAGCUUCAGCAACCACAGCGACAGCGUCCUUCGAACACGGUAACGUACUCGUACCGGAACACAAUUGAAUCGAACUUUAGCCACAGAGGACACGGGCAGAGAAAGUCUAAGCAAAAAAGAAGAGGAACAAAGACACAAGCAAUCAUCCAUCUUUCGUGAAAGACCACAGGCGAGAUACCGUACCGUAGCGUACCUUUGAAUAUUCAGCAUGACGAACACUCCAGACGAUCAAGAUCAACCAAAAGCAGCGUUUGUCGAAAGCGACGACGAGGAAGGGGAGGAGGAAGACGACGACGAUGAUGACGAGGAGGAAGACGAAGAGGAGGAGGAAGAUUCCAGCGAUGAGGACGACGAGGACUUUUCGGACGUUUCGGAAGACGAAGAGGACGACGACGACGAGGACGACGACCACUUGUUUACCCUGGAUCACUACGACGAGGAAAACCUGCCGGAAUACGCCUGUCGUUACUGCGGCAUCCACGAUCCGGCUUGCGUGGCCCACUGCGUGGAGACGAAGAAGUGGUUUUGCAAUGCCUGCGUGGGAAGCGGUGGUUCGCACCUCGUUCACCACCUGGUGCGCUCGCGUUCCCACCAGGUGCAGCUGCACCCGGAGUCCCCCCUCGGCGACACCGUUCUGGAGUGCUACAACUGCACGUCCAAGAACGUUUUCGUUCUGGGCUUUGUUCCGGCGAGUUCCUCCAGCGUCGUCGUCCUCCUCUGCCGCGUUUGUGUAGAAACGGUUCCCGCCCUCAAGGACAUGGACUGGGAACUCGCGCAGUGGCAUCCGCUGAUCCAGGACCGAAAGUUCCUUCCGUGGUUGAUCAAGGUGCCCUCGGACAAGUUGCUCUUGCGAUCCCGUGACAUUACUCAGUCCCAGAUGGCCAAGCUCGAAGAACUGUGGAAAAACGAACCGGAAGCGAACUUUGCGGACCUCGAUCGCCCAGACAUCAUCGAGGACGAAGAAAUGCAACCCACGCUCCUCCAAUACGAGGACGGGUUCCAUUACCAGAACGUUUUGGCGCCGCUCGUCAAGAUAGAAGCCGAUUACGAUCGACAGAUGAAAGAAUCUCUGACUGAGGAACACAUCUCGGUCCGGUGGGACAAGUCGUUGGCGGGAAAGAACGUCGCGACCUUUACGUUUCAUCGAUUGGCCGUGGAGCAAUCUAGAAUCAUGGUGGGUGACGAGCUGCGCUUGAAACUGGGCGAUGGUGCCCAGUACCUGUACAACAAGCCCUGGGAGGGCAUCGGAUACGUCAAGGGAAUCAGCGACGGAGAGGUCGAACUCGAGUUGCGGACCUCCGGCAACGUCCCCGACUCGAUUCACGACGACUACGUCGUGGAGUACAUUUGGAAAUCCACUUCCUUUGACCGCAUGCAAAACGCCCUGAAAACCUUUGCGAUCGACGACACCAGCGUUACCGGAUACAUUUACCACAAGCUGCUGGGUCACCCCGUCGAAGAGCAGGUCAUUGCCACCGCGAAGCUUCCGGCCACGGAGAAAGAUUACGCCGUCCCUGGAUUGCCCUCCCUGAACGAGUCACAGAUCGAGGCCGUAGCUACCGUCUUGGAGCGUCCGAUGAGUUUGAUUCAGGGCCCUCCUGGGACCGGAAAGACGGUCACCUCGGCCACCCUGGUCUACCAUCUGACCAAGCAGAACAUGGGCCAGGUAUUGGUUACGGCUCCCUCGAACGUUGCGGUCGAUCAGCUCACGGAGAAGAUUGCUGCCACUGGUUUGCGUGUCGUUCGAUUGGCGUCCAAGACCAGGGAGGCCUCGUCGAGUUCCGUCGACCAUCUCUGCCUGCACGUCAUGGUUCCUCAGGCCGCUGGCGACGAAUUCAACAAGCUCCAGCGCCUGAAAAACGAAAUCGGUGAACUCUCCGAGAGGGACCAGAAGAAAUACCGCUCGCUCAGAAACCGCACGGAGCGCGAGAUUCUCCAGGCCGCGGACGUCAUCUGCUGCACCUGUGUCGGUGCCGCCGAUCCCCGUCUCAAAAACUUCCGGUUCCGCCAGGUUUUGAUCGACGAAGCCACGCAGGCCAUCGAAGCAGAAGCUCUGAUUCCCAUUGCCAACGGCGCCAAGCAAGUAGUUUUCGUCGGAGAUCACUGCCAGCUCGGCCCGGUAGUGAUGUGCAAGGCAGCCGCGAAAGCGGGUCUGACGCAGAGUCUGUUUGAACGCUUGGUCUUGAUCGGAACCCGCCCCAUCCGUUUGCAGGUCCAAUACAGAAUGCAUCCCGCGUUGUCCGAAUUCCCCUCGAACAUGUUCUACGAGGGAAGUUUGCAGAACGGGGUGACCGAAGCCGACCGCCAGCUCUUGAGCCUGCCGGGGUUUGCUGGAAAGGAAGAUUUUGCAUGGCCCGUACCCAGCAAACCAAUGUUUUUCUACUCGGUCAAUGGGAUGGAAGAAAUUUCCGCAUCGGGAACCUCAUACCUGAACCGGACCGAAGCUUCAUACGUCGAAAAAGUGGUAACUCACCUCUUGCGCCUUGGAGUCACGCCUUCCCAAAUCGGUGUGAUUACUCCGUACGAUGGCCAGAAGAAAUACGUUUCGGAACACAUGCGUCGAUCCGGAGGUCUAGCCCACACUCUGUACGAAGCUAUCGAAGUUGCAUCCGUCGAUGCCUUUCAGGGGCGUGAGAAGGAUUUCAUCCUUGUGACGUGUGUCCGUUCCAGCGAGACACAGGGCAUUGGUUUCCUUUCCGAUCCUAGACGUCUGAAUGUGGCACUUACACGUGCUAGAUUGGGAGUGAUUCUCAUUGGAAACCCACGAGUUUUGAGCAAAAAUGCGCUGUGGGCUGCUCUGCUGUUGCACUUCAAGGAAUAUGAUUGCUUGGUAGAGGGACCCUUGAACAAUCUCCAGCCGAGUUACAUGACCUUUGCUCGUCCUCGUCGCAACCCAGCCGGCGACUCUCGUUACGCCUUCACGGCUCUGGCCCGCGGUGGAUGGGAUGGUCGAUGGGACGAUCGUCGUGGUACCCAAACCGCUCCCGGAUUCAAAGUCGGUCGCCGGGGCUAUGGCAAAGACAAACAGAGCGAUUCGAGAUUCGAUGCGCGCUAUGGAUCCUACGAAUACGACGGUGAGUCUACCAAUGGCAUGAACAACGGAGGUUCGAAUGGUCUUCCGAUUCCAAAUUUUGCUCCUCUUCCCAGCUAUGCUGGCGGAGAUGAUGCCAGUAGCGUAGGUGGUGAUAGUUCCUAUGGAGGAUCUCAGUUUGGAGGAAGUCGCGCAGGUAUGUGGUCCCAGAAGGGCGGAAUCAACGGUGGAUCCCACGAGAAGGACGGGCCGGGACUUGGAUAUUUUGUUGGUAGCAAUGGCAAUUAUUUCAGCGAUCACGGAAAACCCUAGGUGCAGUGGAGGAAAAAACGUAUCAAGUAAUGGUGUUUGCUUACACUCUGAUGCGCCUUUCCCGACGAUAAUCACUGGGAUAUUCACAAGUUCUUCCAACUCCAAGAGCUUCCAAUCAUGUCGGAUACAAAACGAAUUCAUGGGUUGUCAUUGCAGAAAAAUCAAUAGAAUUACGAUCUUCAUUCUUGAAGCCACGAUGUAAUCGAUUUCAAUUGUCUCAGGUCCCCAGAGAAACUUCGUAUUUCGAUCGAAGGAGCAACGGAGAUUCUUUUCCCACCAUGGAUGAAGUUCUAUCAUUGCGAUGAAACAUCUCAUCAGUGACUCAAGAGAGCACGAGCGGCAGACUGUCAACAGUACGGAACUUGAACAGAUAUGAUUUUCAACUUCCUAUCAGGUUGCUGCUACUCUUUCUUCUGGUUACAGAUCGGAAUAUUGAUCACAAAAGCUUGAAGCAAAACUGGCAUAUUCAAUACGGAAUAAGCUAUUUGUUUCACUACGUGAUGAAGUUUAAACGUACAUUAGCGAUGACUUUGAUUUA